AUGCCACCUAAAAAGGCUAAGAAGUCUGCUCGCGUUUGGGUCUCUGUUGACGGAGAUCUUAACAUGAAACUGUUGCUACCAUCAUGGAAAGUAGAUCAGUAUCCAAUAGAUCGAACUGAGCUAUCUCGAGCCAGUCCAGGUGGAUACAUACUAGACGAUGUCCUGCAUGUUGUAUCGAGUACUGCCCACGUGGUUACAGUAAUCUGCGAAAAAGCUGGACGAUUUGAUCGUGAAAUAGAAAUACCAGCACCAAAUGGAUCAGAAAGAAAAGCUAUCUUGUCUCUUCUACUACAAAAUAUUUGUCAUAGUCUUAAUGAAAGUGAAGUUGAUAAAUUAGCUCAGACAGCUUAUGGUCAUGUUGGCGCUGACUUGAAAAUGGUAUGUCAAGAGGCUCAAUACAUAGCAUUGAGAAGAAGCUACAAAGUGGAGGGUCAUACAAUAACCAACACUGUCUGUGUUGAUUAUAAUGAUAUGAAAAGAGCUCUAAGUAGUGUUUGUCCAAGUGCAAUGAAAGAAAUGACUGUUGAAGUACCUAAAGUACAAUGGAAUGACAUAGGAGGUGAGAGCGAGAUUAAACAGAAGCUUAAAGAAGCUGUUGAGUGGCCACUCACUCAUCCUGAGGUGUUUACACGAAUGGGUAUUCAACCACCUCGUGGAGUACUUCUUUAUGGACCACCAGGGUGUAGUAAAACAAUGAUUGCUCGUGCCCUAGCUACAGAAAGUGGUCUAAACUUCAUUUCUGUUAAAGGUCCUGAAUUGUUCAGUAAAUGGGUCGGCGACUCUGAAAGAGCUGUACGUCAGGUAGGACUUUGCAGAAUGAUCUCCCCUUCAAUCAUAUUUUUUGAUGAGAUUGAUGCCUUAGCAACUCAUCGUCAAGGUGAGGGAUCAAAGGUUGGUGAUCGUGUAUUGGCACAACUCUUGACGGAAAUGGAUGGUGUAGAAACAUUAGAAGAUGUCCUCAUAGUUGCUGCUACAAACAGACCUGAUUUGAUUGACAAGGCAUUAAUAAGACCUGGUCGUAUUGACCGUCAUAUUUAUGUUCCAUUACCUAAUGACAUUACUAGAUCAGAAAUAUUAAAACUUCAGUUUCUAAAGACACCAGUUGGCGAGGAUGUUGAUAUUAGCUCCCUUGUCCAAUUGACUCACAAUUUCUCAGGAGCUGAGAUGGUCGCUCUAGUUCAAGAAGCUGCUUUAUGCUCAUUACAUGAAGAUAUAAAUUCAAAGACUGUUUGUAAACAACACUUUGAAGAUGCUCUAAAAAUUGUUAAGCCUCAAACUGAUUUGAGCAUGAUUACAUUCUAUGAGAAUUACAGUCAAAUAUCAGCUGAAGGAGAAGUCAAAAUCUCAGACUUUAGUUUAAGUAGAUUUGAACAUGCAACAAGUCUUGACCCAUCUCAAAGUGGAGGACAUGAGACAACUCUUAACAUACGUUGGACAGCACCUGAAGUAUUGAGACAGGGACUUGUAUCUAAAAAAAGUGAUGUUUGUAUUAGUGAUGAGCGACCACCCCGACCAACUACAUCACUAUUUGAAGAUAACCCUAUUGAGAAGAAGUUGUCCAAGAAAUGUAAAGUUAAGAGCCAUCUUAUCAGUCUCGAUGAAGAAGAUGAAGGUGUGAAACAAUUUGAGACUUCGCUAGAUUUUAGAGGAGCUAAUGUUGCUAUUGUCUCUGACAAGAAAAGGUUUGAAGCCCCUCCCACAAGGAUGGAACGUGGUUACUGCCAUGAAAACAAAGAGAUACGUUUCUUUUUUAACAUUGACCUUGGAAUAAGCAAGUGGAACUAUGAUGAAGUGAUGUUGUUGGCCCCGAGCGUGGACAA